AUCUAUUACUCCACCUUUGCAUUUAUAACCGAACAUCUUUUUUCAUUAGCGGCAGUAGCUUUUUCCUGAGAAUUCUAUCAUAGUGCAAGAAAUUAGAAAUUUUCAACUGCAUUUAACAAAAUACAAAAAAAAAAGAAAUGGGCGUACAAAUAGUUCCAAUUUCAGCUGGUGAUGGUAGUACUUACCCAAAAAAUGGCCAAGUAGUUUCUGUGCAUUAUACUGGCACUUUAGAUGAUGGCACAAAGUUUGAUUCAUCUCGAGAUCGUAAUAAACCAUUCCGUUUUACUAUUGGAAAAGGAGAAGUAAUACGCGGUUGGGAUGAAGGCGUAGCUCAGUUGUCGGUGGGUCAACGUGCUAAAUUAAUCUGCUCACCUGAUUAUGCGUAUGGUUCUCGCGGUCAUCCGGGUGUGAUUCCUCCAAAUUCUACCCUAACCUUUGAUGUUGAAUUGCUCAAGGUCGAAUAAAAAGCCGAAGCUGUAGUGAUAAAGCGAUGAAGAUGUAAGAAAGAGUGAAUUUAACUUUCAUUAUAUAAAAUUCUUACCAUUAAAAAAAUAGUUGUAUCGAUAUACCUUAAGCAUACGAAAUGGAAAUAUAUACACAUACAUUAUAAAGAUAUU